GCCACAACAGAAAAACGUUAUACAUCAAUUUUUGAAUGCCUUAGAAGCUAUCCAUUCAAAAAAUUUUGUGCACAGAGAUGUUAAAUCGGCAAAUCUCCUGAUGACUUUCGACGGAGUAUUGAAAAUUGCUGACCUGGAAGGGAUGCUUGAAAAUAACGUCAACAUGGCAAAUUUCAAAGCUGGUACCCCUGGAUUCACCCCACCUGAAGUUCUUAUAAGUACCUCAACUUUGGCUGUGAACAUCAGUAUGGAUUUGUGGUCGGCUGGCAUAACUCUGUUUGAAAUAUUGACAAACGUCAGUAAAGACCUUAUUGACCAUGUCAAAAUGUCUGAAAUAAGAUCUAUUACUAAUGUUUUCGGAUGUGUUGCUGGACCAUAUCUGUCCAGUUUACCUGGUUAUGAAGAAUACUAUGAAUGGGCCAAAUUUUACGAGGAAAGAAAUCUUGCAGACACACUGAAAUUACUGAUGGCAGAGAACACUCAAGCCGAAAUGGAUAUAAUUGAGAAACUUUUGAAAGUGGAGCCGUCUGAGAGAGCUUCAGUCAGUCAACUGCUCGAAUCUGAUUUUUUUUCUGUUGAGCCCCUUCCGUCUGCAGACUUGACAGAGGCCAUUGAAGGCUUCAUGCGAAAUCAAAAUAUUGAAAGACCACCACCACACGACGAACCUGAACUAAAUUGGGAUAAUAUUGUACUCCCAGAUGAAGACCCACUCAGUCGAUUGUCUAAAAUGUAG